AUGUAUAAGCUGAAAGUAAAAAAAUCGAAAGAUGUUUCUAUACAACAUACUCUAGGAAUUGACAGAGAGUUGAGAGGCAACGGCCCGGCGCUAAAGAAGGCGGACAUCGGGAUCGUGAUGGACGACGCGACAGAUGCGGCCUGGAGCACGUCGGACAUCGUGCUGACGGAGCCUGGGCUGAGCGUGAUCGUGAGCGCGGUGCUGACGAGCCACGCCAUCUUCCAGCGUAUGCUUAAUAAAAAAAACUACACCAUCUACGCGGUGUCCAUCGCCAUCCGCAUGGGCUUCCUACUGGUGGCCCUCGUCUGGGAGUUCGACUUCGCGCCCUUCAUGGUGCUCAUCAUCGCCAUCCUCAACGAUGGCACCAUCAUGACCAUCUCCAAGGACCGGGUAUGA